AUGGCAGUAGAAAACAAAAAUGAUGGUAGAAUGAUGUUCAUUGCCAUAUUUAUUGCUUCCCGUUUACUGAUUUCUACCCACUGCUUUACUGCACUAAAACACAAUUCUCUUGGGGAUAUCCUUAGUGACGACUCAAUCAAUUUGAAAGAAUCGUCUAGUGGAAGAGAAAUGAAACUUCCAGCGAAACCAGUUUUUUUAAAGAAGCAUGGCAUCGAAGGUCUUAAUUAUAAUCUAGACAAUAAAUCCCGUCCCUUCAUUUACUGUGAUUUUUAUGAUAUUAGUUCAUGUGAUCCCAUGGAACGGAAUUGCCCGACUACGAAAAUGUGUUAUGCUUCAGUAAACAAUCAUCGCUUAGGCUGUAUGGCUGCUUUGGUAAAUAAUUCUUUAACACGGCAGGUAACUUUAAAAGGCUGCUGGAUGCAUGAUGGUAAUUUGGGUAACUGCGAUAAUAGCCAAUGUAUUGCUGACGAACGACCAACUGGACAUGGUAAUGCUGCUUUGUUCUGCUGUUGCAACACACACUAUUGUAAUCGACGUGUGCAAUUUCCUCCACAGCGCAUAGCCACUCCACCCCCAACUACGGUAGAGCCAACAGAAGUGGAAAAUUCAGGAUUCUUUGGUGCAGGAGGCAGAAUGUUCGCUAUUGUUAUUCUUGGCUUCUUUUCUCUUUGUGCACUGACUUUGUUUUGCUAUUAUAGUUAUCGAGAAUACCGAAACAGUCGACAUUAUAAAGACAAGGCUAGCGAUGCAUUUUCGAUGCCCAUCGUUGGUGAUGCGAAAUUACCUUUGAUUGGAGCCAGAAAAGAUGAUAAUCUAAAGAAUAUCACCAAUCUUGAAUUAGUGGCUCGUGGUCGAUUUGGUCAAGUAUUUCGUGGUAUGUUAGACAGUGAAACUGUCGCAGUAAAAGUUUUUCCAUCUGUUGACGUCAAUAGUUGGAUUGUUGAACAGGAUAUUUAUGCAAUAGCUUCUCUUCGAAGACAUAAAAAUAUACUACGAUAUUUGGGCGCGGAAGUUCAUGGAAAUGAUUUCUGGUUAAUUACAGAAUUCCAUGACAACGGUUCACUGUUCGAUUUUCUUCAUUUUCACGUCUUAACUUUGCAAGAAUCGUUGAAAGUAAUAGCUUCAAUGCUGAGAGGGUUAUCUUUCCUUCACGAAGAAAAAAUGAUCGACGGCGAGCUAAAACCUUGUGUUGUGCACCGGCAAGUGUAUCUUCAUUCACAUCAUAAGGAUUUCAAAUCGCGAAAUGUACUUUUGAGGCUUGAUUUAACUUCUGUAAUCGCUGAUUUUGGUCUAGCGUUGAAAUGUGAAAACGGUCAAAUGCCAUCAGAUGACAACCAUGGACAGGUGGGAACGCGACGUUACAUGUCACCUGAAGUGUUGGAAGGUGCUACCGAAUUUACAGCCUUUGCUUUCCGUCAAAUUGAUGUAUAUGCUGCUGCUUUGGUUUUAUGGGAGAUUCUUUCGCGAACAUCAGUGGAUAAAGAUGACUUAGUGGGAGAAUACGAAAGACCCUAUGAAGCGGAAGCUGGAAUGCAGCCAACAUUGCAUGAUAUGAGACGAGUUGUUGCUGUGGAGAAAAAACGACCAAGUAUUCGGGCUGCAGUUAUGGAACAUAAUAUUGGUGGUGUUUUAUGGAAGACAGCUGAAGAUAUGUGGGAUAUGGAACCGGAUGGCCGUAUAACUUCUGGCUGUGCUUAUGAACGUGCCAAUACAUUAUUCAUGUCUUAUGCUGCUGAUCUAAAAUUUGAGAGUGCUGUGCAACCAAAAAAUUCUCCAAAUGAUCCACUAUCCCCAUAUCCACAAGAUUGUGGAGUGGUACCAGCAGCACUGCUCAUCAAAGAUGGUUCUUUGGGUUCUAAUGGAUUCCAUGCUUCAAUGGAUGAAUAUGCACAAGCCUAUUCAGCACCUCCAAAUGUUCGAUACCUUUCAACUGUCGAUACAGAAAAAGUAAAUCAAGAUAAUAUAAUUCCCUUAUCAAAUCAAGAUCCUACACUCUCAUGA